AGAUCACUCUAGCCUCCUCAUAAUCCGGUUGGUCGAAGUGCCCUUCAGAAACGAAGAUCAAGAAGAUUAUGCGCGAGACAACAGUAGAGAGUCUCAGCCAUCGCAGAAAUUCUCCAGGUGAGAAGAUCCGUACACUGCCGCGGAAGGUGAGGAGAUUGGUCAAAGACACCUGGAGUGCACAUCUCCUACAACAAAGCGAUGUCACGCACUCACUGAAGCCUACCACAUGGUGACUCAUGGAACAGAGUUUAAGAUCCGACGGGAUGGAAGGUCUUGCACAACAGCUCAGCAAGUUACCAGGUUUGCAGACUUCCACGAUCCAUGCCGAACUUUCGUCAAAUACGCAAUCGGCUAGCGCUGGCUUUGGACCAGUCAGAGACAAGAACGAGGUGGGGUCGCCCUUGAAUAGUCGCACAGAGGAUUACUUGGAAAGCUCUAGCACGCUCAUCCUAAAUCCUUAUUAAUGUGUCGAACUAGGAUGCGAAUGGAAAGUGGACUUA